UUUAAAAUUCACCCUUUGGAAUAAAAGGUCAGUGAGCAGCUAAUAUUUUUCAUUCUAUUCGGGACCUGGGAUUGGAGUCAGUUGUGUUCUUCAAUAUCUACAGAUUUUAUUCUGGUUUUAUAACCACGACUUCUACCAUGGCUACCAAAACAGGACCGCGCGUGGCAAUCAUCACCGGAUGUUCCUCUGGCAUCGGCCUCUCCGCGGCUGUGACCCUGGCACAGGACCCCGCUAAGGGCUACAUCGUCUACGCUACCAUGAGGAACUUGGCCAAGAAAGAUAAGCUGGAGAAGGCUGCAGGGGCGACCCUCAAUAAGAGCCUCUUCAUCAUCCCACUGGAUGUGACCAAACAAGAUUCCAUCGACAAUGCAAUCAAAGUGGUGUUCGAUAAGCACAAGCGUAUCGAUAUCCUUGUCAAUAACGCGGGGCAUGGCUCAUCGGGUUACGUUGAACUUGUCAGCGAGCAACAGAUGCGUCAGUUGUUCGAUACCAACUUCUUCGGCCCAGUGAAUCUGAUGAAAGCGGUUCUUCCUAUAAUGAAGAAACAACGUUCAGGUCGCAUCAUGAACGUCAGUAGUGUAGCUGGUAUAACAGCAUGGCCUUUUGGAGAGAUCUACGCAGCCUCAAAAUACGCUCUAGAAGGCUUCACCGAGUCACUUUCUAUUGGCUACCGAGCAUUUGGUAUUUGGGUGAAUAGUAUCCAACCGGGUCCAGUGAAGACUGAUUUCAUUGCUAACAUGGGAUCAGCUAAUAACCAACCAGAGUUCCUCAAGCUCGCAGAAGAAAAGAACAUCGAUAAGGAGUCCAGAGAUAUUUGCCAGAAGGUCAUCCAACUCCUCGUUGCCAAUCCAAACUUUGAGAAAGAGAAUCAGACGCCCGAAGAAAUUGCCAAUGUCAUAAAAGAGUCUUUGGAGUCCAAGAAACCGCACCUGCGGAACCCCACCAGCCAACUCCGCUAUGAUUACGCCAAGAAAUACUUCGUGGAUCCUUACGGAGACGAGUUCUGUGAAACUAUCGUACCUCACAUCAUUCCCGACUCACUCAAGAAGUAACUUUUUUAAGAAAUAUAUUUUUUCAAUUCAAUUCAAAAUGGUUAAUUAAAAAUCCUUUCUUUGCAGCCAAAGCCGAAUUGCAAAAGUUUACAUUUCAAACAAAAUCAUCAAUAACAAGGUAAAAAUAACUUAUGGUACUACGAACAAACUUCAAUACAGACAUAUAUGUAACAAAGUAUUUCAUAAAUAAUUUUAAAUCGAUACUCACUGAUCAAUAAAAAAAUUGUAAAAUAUUCAAAAUACAUGUAAAUAUGAGUGGAUACAGGAAAUGAAAUGGAAAGCAGAAAGGAAUAGAAAUAGUGGAAGAGAGAAGAGAAGCAGAGAGAGAGAAGAGAAGAAAUUGAUGGUGGAAGGGAAACAGAGAGAAAAGGGUGAAAAGCAAUUAGGUCACAUUUUUUCAUAAAUUUAAUAUAUUUAAAUCCAGUCGCACAGUCGAACCCACGGGAAGUUGUCCUUGAUUUAUUUCGAUUAAAUAUUCAAUAAAUUGUAUUUAUAACAAGUGAAUGUUAUAGUAUAUAAUUCCUGCAAUAAAUAUAUAUAUAUACCUUAAAAGGAGAAUGCAGAAUAUCUUGUAAUAUGUGGGUAAUUCAUUUAAAACUAAAUUGGACGCGGUGUAACAAAGGGAAAGAGGGAGCAGGUGCUUCUUAUUCUCGCCUCGUGUUUGAUUUUUUUAAUGCCCCUUUUUAUUUGUCAAACAAUAGUAUGCCUAUAUAUUAACACCCAUGACUUCUGGGCCCCCAUCUUACAAAGAGUUACGAUUGAUCCAAUCAAUC